CUGUUACUUGUGCUAUUAGGCCGAAUUCAUCAAGCUAUGGUAACGUCCCUGAAUGAAGAUAAUGAAAGUGUAACUGUUGAGUGGAUUGAAAAUGGGGAUACUAAGGGCAAAGAGAUUGACUUGGAGAGCAUAUUUUCACUUAAUCCAGAUCUUGCACCUGAUGAAGAUAUUGAACCUAGCACAGAGACACAACCACUACCUGCUCCAUCAGCCAAAGUGAACAAAAUAGUUAAGGGUCGACGGACUGUGGCACCUGUUAAGAAUGACGCCCCUGCCAGAGAUAAUAGAGUGGCUGGUUCUGCACGUGCACGGCCCACUCAGCUUCCUGAACAGUCAUCUUCCUCACAACAGAAUGGUACUGUUUCAGAUAUAUCUCCAGUUCAAGCUGCAAAAAAGGAAUUUGGACCCCCUUCACGUAGAAAAUCUAAUUGUGUAAAAGAGGUUGAAAAAUUGCAAGAGAAACGUGAAAAAAGAAGGUUACAGCAGCAAGAACUUAGAGAAAAAAGAGCUCAGGAUGUUGAUGCUACAAACCCCAACUAUGAAAUUAUGUGUAUGAUAAGAGAUUUCAGGGGAAAUUUGGAUUAUAGACCACUGACAACUGCUGAUCCUAUUGAUGAACACAGGAUAUGUGUCUGUGUGCGAAAACGACCACUCAACAGAAAAGGUAUGACCUUUCAAGAUUUUGCAAAAUUCUUUCCCUGAAAAGCUUCCUCUGAU